AUGAAUGAUAUCUUAUUUUUUAGUGAUGCAAAAGGGAUUAAUGCCGCGUUGAGUGCGCAGACACCGUGGUUGAAUUGUCCAUUGGCUGGAAGCGAAUCAAUUUUUAUGGUUGCAGUUGAUGGAGGUUCCCCGGAUCUUGCUAAGCUCUCAAUACCAGAGAAAGCAUUCAAGCAAAUGCACAGCUUUGAAGAUACUGAAGUUCAAGACUUA